AUGAUUUCAAAUGCGUUCUUCCAUCCCUUGUCCCCUAUCCCAGGAAACAAGCUGAUCGCUUCUACACGCUUCUUUGAGGCGCUACUCUCCCUAUCUGGCAGGGCUCAUUACUGCUUACCUCUAACCCAUAAGCUAUAUGGAAAGGUGGUCAGGGUCGCGCCAAAUAUUGUCUCUGUGGCCGAUAAAGACAUGAUUCGAGAGAUCUUAGUGACAACUGACUACCCCAAGAGCGCCAUUUACCAAGUCUUUGAUUUUGACGGGCAUGAAAACCUAUUCUCAGCCCGCAACAAGAGCUUCUAUAAGAGCCGACGCCGACUUGUCGCUCCAGCCUUCGGCCUGCAAUACCUUCAGUCUGUUGAGCCUCUUAUGCAUAAAUGCAUUGAUGGCCUUCUACAAGAGAUCGAUGGUACUCUCGAUGCGCUUCCACCUGGCCAGAUCAAUAUUAAUUCUUUUAUGUUCCGACUCUCACUUGACAUCAUCGGGGAGACCGUAUUUGGCCAAUCCUUUGAGACGAUCAAGGAUGAUGCUCACCCGGUCCCUCACCAGCUAGAAAAGACAAUCAAGCAAAUGAUGCAACAAACGUUCAUUCCAUGGAUGAAAUAUAUAGACCCAUUCGAUUUUUCUUUUAGAGAUUUUGGUGCUGCUUGUGUCAAGCAGCGUAAGGCUAGUGGAGAGGCGGGGCGUCGUGUAGACCUGCUACAGUAUCUGAUUGACGCACAAGCCAAAGGGAGAGAGGACAGUAAUGGCGGUAGCAAGCAUGAGGACAUGGCUUGUGAGGAAUUUACAGAUAAGGUUAUCGGAAUUGAGGCAUGCGUUUUCCUGAUCGCUGGAGCAGAUACCGCACACAGUGUAAUGACAUUUACGCUCAUGUUCUUGAUCAAACAUCCGGAUAAGCUGAUCAAGCUGAGAUCAGAGCUUGACCUCGCAACCGCUACUAAUCCCUGUGGAUCUCUACCUACUUAUGAGCAAAUCCGCAAGCUUCCAUAUCUGACAGGAUGCAUCAACGAGUCCAUGCGACUCCGUCCUACUGCCGCUCUAGGUAUACCACGAGACGUUGAUGAAGAUGUAGUCAUAAAUAACUAUUAUUUUCCAAAGGGAACAACCCUACUUGCGAGCCCAUUGCAACUUCAUUUGUCAGAGGAAUACUUUCCACAGGCGGCCGAGUACAUUCCAGAGCGCUGGAUUCCUGAUGAGUCACCUUUUCCGCCUGUUCAGGACUUUACAUAUUACCCUUUCUCUGCAGGUAGUCGUGUCUGUAUCGGCAAAAACUUUGCAAUGAUGGAACUGCGGCUGAUCCUAGCAACGUUGGUUCUUAGCUACGAUAUGGAGCUAGUUCCUAAUCAGCGCGAGGACUGUGUGCAGUACUUGACGCCAUCUCUGGCCACAGGAAGUUAUAUUAUCAAGAUGAAGAGACGGCAUAAAGAGUAG